AUGGCAAGACGACUCACCCGGAAUUCUCAAGGCACUCCCACUAAUGAACCAACCGACGUUAACCAAACCAUCCAUAACCUCUCGAACCUUAUUCGAGAACAAGCCCAAAACCACCAAAGACAAAUUGAUCAACUCUUCCGACGAAACCAUCCUCCUCCGCCUCCUUCUCAAGCAGCACCUCACGCCAUUUACGAACGAUUCCUAAAAAUGAACCCCUUCGAAUUUCAUGGUGGAACCGAUCCGACAAUAGCCGAAGAAUGGGUCAAAUCCCUAGAAGUGAUCUACGACUACAUGCAAAUGACCGAUCGUGAUCGUGUGCAUUGCGCUCUAUUCCUACUCCGAAACGAAGCUCGUCACUGGUGGGAAGGAGUCAAGGAAGGAGUCGACCUCGACACUAUACAAUGGACCGACUUCAAACUACAAUUCUUCGAAAAAUAUUUCUCCAAAGACGUACGUGCCCACAAACUGAAGGAAUUUCUAGAACUUCGUCAAGGUGAAUUGCCAAUGCUCGAGUACAUCCGUCGCUUCGAACGUGGCUGUCUCUACGCCCCAUUCAUCGCUCGAGACCCCGAAGAGAAAAAGAAUCACUUCAUCCGUGGCCUACAACCUGAAAUCCGACGAGAUAUCCGUAUGUCUGACGCCUCGACUUUCAGACAACUAGUGGACAAAGCCCUGAUGGCAGCCCAAGACGAAAAGGAGAUCCAACAGAACCGCCGAUCCCAAGGCACGAGUCAAUGCCCAUGGAAGAAGCCUAACGUCGGCAACCACAAAUUCAAGGGAAACCGAGGCCAACCAUCGAAUCAAUCUGGACUCCCACAGCCUCCCAAACCAAUUUGCUCACAAUGCGGGAAAGCACACUUUGGAGCUUGUGUACAAGGGACGAACACGUGCUUCAGAUGUAGAAAGACCGGACACAUAGCAAUGGAUUGUCCGAACGCUCAGAACCGUGCUCAAGGACGUGUGUUUGCUAUGACAAAGGAGUAG